CAAAUGACAAUGAAUAAUAAUGAUGAUGAACAACAACAACAACAACAGCAACAACGACAACAACAACAAUUGGAUAUGAUCAGUGUGAAUCCAUUUGUCAAUCAUUGCCAUAUGAAUGGUUGGCUACGUCUUUAUACGUAUACAAUUGGCAUAUUUUUAUUCAUAAUACGUUUACCACCAUUCAUUGGUUUUAUAAUCAUUGCCGUUAUAAUAGCUAAAUUAACAUUAUUAAUAAUAGCCAUUGGCCAAUGGUUUGGUAUGCAAACAGAAUGUAUACGUAAAAUUGGUCGAAAUAUAUCCAUAUUUUUAUUACGAACAGCAUUAUUUUUUGCUGGUUUUUAUUGGAUACGUAUGGUUGAUCAACGACCAUUAGAUCGUCGUGAUCAUUUGGCACCGAUCAUAUGCGCUGCACCGCAUUCAUCAUUUUUUGAUAUUUUACUCAUAUUAAAAUUAAAGAAUCCAACAUUUGUUUCACGUAAAGAAAAUCUUCGUACACCAUUAAUUGGUAAUAUUUUACGUCUUUACAAUGGUAUAUAUGUUGAUCGUCAUAAUAAAGAUUCACGUACAGCAACCAUACAAGCUAUUAUGGAUCGUACAAUCAAUCAUGGUGAACAUGUAUUAAUAUUUCCUGAAGGCACUACAGCAAAUCGUAAAGCUUUAUUACAAUUUAAAUUGGGCGCAUUUCUACCACGAUUGCCUAUUCAACCAGUAUUAAUACGUUAUGAAAAUUGUUGUGGACUACAGGAUCCAAUCACUUGGACAUGGGAAGGACCAGGAUCGGUUAGAAUUUUUUUCAAUACAAUGUCUUGUUUAUCUAUUGAUUGUGAAAUAACGAUUAUGGAAGAAUAUCGUCCCAAUGAUGAUGAACGACAAGAUCCGAAAAAAUUUUCACAAAAUGUUGCCAAAAAAAUUUCUUUUGAAUUGGGUAUACUACAAUCAUAUUAUUCAUAUGAUGAUGUACCAUUAAUGCCAUUGGCUAAACAAUUUCGUCUUUUUCGUUCACCAAUAUGUAUACUGAUGUUGAAAUUGGCCGAUAAAAUUCGUUCAUCAACAAUCAUCAUUGUCAAUAAUAAUAAUGAUAAAAGCAACAACAUUCAACAACCAGUGAUGAAUCAAUCAUCAAAUGGAUUUAUAAUCAAUACAAAUAACAGUGUUUUUGAUGGCCAAAAUAAUCAAACAACAACAACAACAACAACAACAAGUGAUGAUAGUGAAUUUCGAACUUCAGGCUAUUCAUCAUCAGAAUCAUUGAUUGAAUCAUAUAAACCAAUUAAUAUGGAUCAACCAUUAUCACCAAUGAAUGAUUGUACAGAAUCAUCAUCUGAUCAUUUACAGAAUUUAACUUUGUUUUCGAAAACUUUAAAUGAUUCAACAACAACAAUUGAAUUUCAACAUUUACCCAUUAGUAAUGUAAGAAGACGAAUAUUUCGUUUCAAUACUACUUCGGCGUUAAUUGCUAUCGAUGAUAAUAAUCGUUUGUUAUAUGAAAUAUUCUGUCGUCUUAUUGAACAUUGUAUUACGGUGAUGGAAAUGAAUUUUCAAUAUAGAAUUAUUGAAUCAAGUAAUGAUUUACUAAAUCUAUGGAAAUUAUCUGAAUUCAUUCGAAAUGAUGCAACUAUUCAAAGUUUAAAAGGAAUUUUUAUUGAUUUUAUCAAAAUGUUAGAAAUGACAGUGGCGUUACCAAUUACAACAAUGCACGUGUUAAUCAUAUUACAUUUAUGUGAUAUACGUGAAUAUGAUCUUUGGGAACGAAUACGUGUUGCCAUACGAUUGUUUGAUCGAAUGCAUCCAUCACCAUCACAAUCGGAUAAAAUGAUCACUAAUGAACCAUAUUUAACUAUGAAUGAAUUUCAAACACUAUUAUGGUAUUCGAUCGGUUUAAAUGAAUUUAAUGAUUAUUAUUUUCUACAAAAUCAUUUUGAUUAUCGUUAUAUAAGAGAAAAUCUAUGUCGAUUAUUUUGGCGAGCUGUAAAUGAAAAUGCACCACAAUUGAUUCAAAAACAAAAACCACCAUCACCACCACCACCACCGUCACCAUCACACCAAACGAUGAAAGAAAAAGAAGCGCGAGAAUAAAUUUUAAAAAUUUACAUAUUUUUAAUCUAAAAUAAUAGAUGGCGCAUUGUGCGUAACAAGUUUUUUUUAAAUGAUCAAUUUUUCAAUGAUUUCAAUCGAUUGUCAAUUUAAUCGCUGUUGAUCAUCAAUCGAUGAUGUAUACAAUAUAUUUAUAGCGAAAUAACCAGAAACUUUAUCAUUUCGAUUCAUUUGUUCUAUUGUUUUUUGGUAUGAUAGUCGAGAUGGAUCGAUA